GCCGGCGGUGCUGCGGGCCAGAUUUUGGGGAGCAAUGACAGAAGUGAAGAGAGAGGUGUUCGGGCAGAUGCCCCAGGAGGAAGGAGGAGGAGUGGUGGAAAAGUUCAUCUUAAAGUCGGACAGUGUGAAAGUGGAAAUCCUGUCCUUAGGGUGCAUAAUUUCUGCUCUGGAGAUGAAAGGAAGGGAUGGGGAGUGUUCAGAUGUUGUCCUAGGCUUUGACACUUUGGAAGGUUACACAAGGAAGCACCCCUUCUUCGGCGCCGUCGUGGGGCGUGUUGCCAACAGGAUUGCAAAGGGGAGGUUUGCCGUGGACGGGAAGGAGUAUCAGCUGUUCCUCAACAAUGGGCCCAACAGCCUGCACGGAGGAGCCAGGGGAUUUGACAAGGUUCUCUGGAGCCCCCAGGUCCUCCCAAAUGGUGUCUGCUUCUUCCGGCUUAGCCCUGAUGGUGAGGAAGGCUACCCUGGUGACCUGAAAGUCUGGGUGACCUACACACUCAGCGGCGGGGAGCUGGCCAUCAACUAUCGAGCCCAGACCAGCAAGACAACACCCAUCAACCUGACAAACCAUGCAUACUUCAACCUCGCAGGGCAGGGCUCACGGGAUAUCUAUGACCAUGAGAUUUCUAUUGAAGCGGAUUCCUACCUGCCUGUGGACAACACCAAGAUCCCUACUGGGGAGGUGGCCGCUGUGCAGGGCACCAGUUUUGAUCUCCGGCAGCCUGUGAAGCUGGGGAAGCACUUGCAGAAGUUUCACCUGGAUGGCUUUGACCACAACUUCUGCCUGCCGCAGGUGCAGGCUCGACGCCUUGCGGCCAGGGCUCGCCACCCACCCACCAGCAGGGCCAUGGAGGUUCACACCACCCAGCCUGGCAUCCAGUUUUACACCGGGAACAACCUGGACGGCUCCCUGAAGGGCAAAGGCGCCAUCGCAUACCCCAAGCACUCGGCUUUCUGCCUGGAAACCCAGAACUGGCCCGAUGCCAUCAACAAGCCCCACUUCCCCAACGCCCUACUCCAGCCGGGCGAGGAGUACAACCACACCACGUGGCUCGUGUUCAACACGCCUGCUUAA